AUGACGACAGUCGAAGGAUGUCUGCUAACUGCAUCCCGUAUGGUGAUUCUAAAAUCACUUGAACAUCGUGUUCUUUCAACAUUACGCAAAGCUUAUCCAGGCCAAACAAGGAUGGAAAUGCUUGCAUCAAGCUUUGUCUAUUUGCCUACGAUGGAUUCCGACAUUGAAAAACUCGUAAGGACCUGUCCAAGAUAUGCAUCCGUGGCAAAGGAUCCGCAGAAAGCCGAACUACAGUCGUGGCCGAAACCAUACUCACCGUGGACUCGAGUUCAUGCUGAUUUCGCUGAACCGAUGAAAGGACGAUACCAUCUACUUAUUGUGGACGUCUACUCCAAGUGGCUGGAAAUCGUCCAGAUCUCAGCGAUCUCCUCAACGGCUACUAUCAAAGCAAAGAAGUGCAUCUUUGCCAAGUUCGGAGACACCAGAGAUCCCCGUCACGGACAACGGUACGCAGUUCAAGUCGUCUCAAUUCACUUCAUUCUGCCGUUCCCGAGGAAUCUUGCACAUUCACACGCCGUCGUUUUAUCCACAAAGCAGCAGACAAGCAGAAAUCUUUGUGGACACCUUCAAAAGAGGACUCGCCAAGCUGAAGGAGGAACCAACAGUGGACGCAUUACAGACAUUUUUGAUGGUAUAUCACUGCACUCCCUGUCCGUGUGCACGUGA